UCUUCCAAGAGAUCAGAGGAAGAUGUCAGCCCAGUCUCUUCCAGCAGCAACUCCCCCUACCCAGAAACCCCCUCGGAUCAUCCGUCCCCGCCCCCCUUCACGCACCCGGGCUGCCCAGUCCCCAGGGCCCCCCCACAAUGGUUCUUCUCCACAAGAAUCUUCCCUCACCCCCAAUGAUGCAUCUACCCCAAUGUGCACUCCCAUCUUCUGGGAGCCCCCAGCCUCAUCCCUCAAACCCCCUGCCCUUCUGCCCCCUUCAGCAUCUAAAGUCAGCCUUGACUCCCAGACUUCACCAGAUUCACCUUCUGGCACCCCCAGUCCAGUGUCCCGGCGCUCCAUCUCCCCAGAGCCUGCACCCCGAUCUCCAGUCCCCCCACCGAAACCCUCAGGGUCACCCCGCACACCUCAGCCCCAAGUCCUGGCCCCUGAUAGUUCUUCCUCAGGCUCUUCUUCAGCCCCAGGCACUGUGCGGAGACUGGCGGGCAAGUUUGAGUGGGGGACUGAAGGCAGAGAACAGGCUGUGGAGCCCGAGCCUCAAGGGGCAGUGGAUGUGAAUGGGGAGAGAGACAUUCCCCAGGGCUUCCUCAAUGGGAGUGGGUCUCAGGAUAACGGGCCUCCUGAUGCUGCCCUGGUCUGCCCUCCCUCCUGCCCCUGUAUCUGCCAUGGAGCUCGGCCUGGCCUGGAGCUCCGUUGGGUGCCCGUGGGGGGCUAUGAGGAAACCCCCAGGGCCCUCUGCCGGGCCUCCCCACUUCGAGCAUCCCGCUCCCGCCCCAGCCCUCCAGUUGUCAGCCAGCCCCCAGUUGUUCUCACAUCCUACCGGUCCACUGCUGAGCGCAAACUCCUGCCGCCCCUAAAGCCCCCCAAGCCAACUCGAGUCAGGCAGGACACCACCAUCUCUGGGGACCACCCACUGCCAGAUCUCGAUCUGCCAUCUGAAGAUGGAAUCAAAACAGGGGACAGUCCUCGUGAAACUCCUCGGAAUGUUCCUCCAGCAACCAUGGAGGGAAGGGAGGAGGAAGGGCUGGAGCUGCUGAAGGAGCAGAACUGGGAGUUGCCUCUGCAGGAUGAACCCUUGUACCAGACCUACAGAGCUGCUGUCCUGUCAGAGGAGCUGUGGGGUGUCGGUGAGGAUGGGGGUCCCUCGCCAGCAAUUUCUGGGGAUGCGCCCACCUUCUCACGGCCCCCGGGACCUCGAAACACGCUAUGGCAGGAGCUUCCAGCUGUGCGAGCCAGCGGCCUCCUGGACACCCUCAGUCCGGAGGAGAGACGCAUGCAGGAGAGCCUGUUCGAGGUGGUGACUUCUGAGGCUUCCUACCUGCGCUCCCUACGGCUGCUGACUGACACCUUCGUGCUGAGCCAGGCCCUCCGGGACACGCUUACGCCCCGGGAUCACCACACCCUCUUUUCCAACGUGCAGCGAGUCCAGGGAGUCAGCGAGCGGUUCCUGGGGACACUGCUGUCCCGUGUCCGCUCUUCCCCCCACAUCAGCGACCUGUGUGAUGUGGUGCAUGACCACGCCAUGGGGCCUUUCUCCGUGUAUGUGGACUAUGUGCGCAACCAGCAGUAUCAGGAGGAGACGUACAGCCGCCUAAUGGACACGAACGUGCGCUUUUCUGCGGAGCUGCGCAGGCUGCAGAGCCUCCCGAAGUGCGAGCGGCUCCCGCUGCCGUCCUUCCUGCUGCUGCCCUUCCAGCGCAUCACGCGGCUCCGCAUGCUGCUGCAGAAUAUCCUGCGCCAGACAGAGGAGGGGUCCAGCCGCCAGGAGAAUGCCCAGAAGGCCCUGGGAGCUAUCAGCAAGAUCAUUGAGCGUUGCAGUGCCGAGGUGGGGCGCAUGAAGCAGACAGAGGAGCUGAUCCGGCUCACACAGAGGCUACGCUUCCACAAAGUGAAGGCCUUGCCCCUGGUCUCCUGGUCGAGGCGCUUGGAAUUGCAAGGGGAGCUGACUGAGUUAGGGUGCCGGAGAGGAGGCGUUCUCUUCACCUCACGGCCUCGAUUCACUCCCCUCUGCCUGCUGCUCUUUAGCGACCUGUUGCUCAUCACCCAACCCAAGAGUGGGCAGCGACUACAGGUUUUGGACUAUGCGCAUCGUUCCCUGGUCCAGGCUCAGCAGGUUCCAGACCCAUCUGGACCCCCUACUUUCCGCCUCUCCCUUCUCAGCAACCACCAGGGCCGCCCCACCCACCGGCUACUCCAGGCGUCAUCCCUAUCAGACAUGCAGCGCUGGCUGGGAGCCUUCCCGACCCCAGGACCCCUUCCCUGCUCCCCAGACACCAUCUAUGAGGACUGUGACUGUUCCCAGGAACUGUGUUCAGAGCCUUCGACACCAGUCAAGACAGAGCCACGGAAUCUGGAAUCCAGGGGUCCCCUCAAACACUUGCACAAGAACCCUGAAGGCUGGCUGAAAGGACUUCCUGGGGCCUUCCCUGCCCAGCUGGUGUGUGAAGUCACAGGGGAACAUGAAAGGAGGAAGCACCUGCGCAAGCACCAGAAGCUUCUUGAGGCUGUGGGACCCUCUUCAGACACUCCCAGUGCCCCCCCACCUUAAUGGAGCCUGGAGAGGAAGCACAGGUUGGGACAUCUGGCUGUGGAGAGGACAGAACCCAUUCAUCCACUGGAAUCGCUGUCAGUGGAAACGCUACCUCUAAUGGCAACCAACAGGGAAUGAACUUCAGGACAGGGCAGCCGAUGAAAAUGGGGCCGUCGGACCUCACACAUCUGGGAGAAUGAGGAUGGCUUGCGGGUGUUGCCAGUGGAGACAGGUUUAGUACAGAGCAGCCAAUGGCUGGUGAGCUGACUGAGCCCCUGGCCAGUGAGCAUCCCUGUUAUGCUCACAGCUGAGGAAGCAGAAGCUAGGUCAAUGCAACUGAAAAAGCCUGAGUUGCAGAUAAAGUCCUAGAAUAAAAGAGCCAGCAAUUGUGAACAGGAACCCAUCCAGUUGAAGAAGACGGGUCCAGGUGGUCUAAUGCCCCUGCCUGGCUCUAUAGCAAUCAUGGAUGCUGCCUUUUGAGUCUGGGAAAUGUUCAAUUCUAUUCCCAGGGUGCCUUCUGUACCUUCUCAAGACAAUUCUAGAAGAAUCCACAGUGUCUUUCUCAGAGGAUUUGUGUAUCUCAGUUCCUGUCGGGAAGUCGAUUGAUUCUGCUGAACUUGGUGUGCGUGCAUGCUUUUCUCCCCUCCCAGAUGGUUUCUUCCCUACCCCUCAUUUUUCCUAUUACUCUCUCCAAGAAUGACACUCACUGAAUUCCAGAGGACAACAUGCUUGGUGUGGCUUUGCAAUCAGAGGCCAGAGCAGGGGAUGAGACCCUGGGUUUUGGGUCUCUUGGAGACCCAUAAAUAGGUCACACCUAUUUAUUGAGUGUUUUCUAUGUGCCAGGAACUCUGUAUCUGGGGAUACAGAGAAGAAAAAGACAAGGGAUUUGCCUUCAAGGCGUCUAUAUUCUAGGUUGG